UUGACAAGACAUCAUGUGCUUGCAUCAUGCUCCUCGGAAUUUUCCUAGUCCACCCAUUCACACUUACGUACAGAGCUAGUGGAGGUCAAGAGAGUCGUCGCCAUAGCUCCCUCAGGUGCCGUUUGGCUUUAAAUCUCUACACCUUAAUUAAUUAGCAGGCAUCAUCUUGAGCUUAUAAAUAGGAUACAGGCUGCCCUGGUUUACUUAGCUUCCAUCAUCAUCAUCAUCAUCAUAUCAUAUUGUAACUAAUAAGAUGGCACAUAAUAAUAAUAUGGCAGUAGUUUCCUUGUCAUCCUUUUUGAUCAUUUUCUUGAUAAAAAUGUGCGCGGCGGGAGAAAUAGCGAUAUACUGGGGGCAAAAUGGGAACGAGGGCACUCUCGGAGACACUUGUGCCUCCAACAACUACAACAUCGUCAACCUCGCUUUCCUCACCGUGUUCGGCAACGGCCGGACGCCGGUGCUCAACCUGGCCGGACAUUGCGAUCCGGCCAGUAAUGGGUGCGUCGGCCUGAGUGCCGACAUCAAAGCCUGCAAGAGCCAGGGCAUCAAAGUGCUCCUCUCCCUAGGGGGUGGUGCAGGAACCUAUUCCCUCUCAUCUGCUGAUGAUGCCAGGAAUGUGGCACAAUACCUGUGGGACAAUUACCUUGGAGGGCAAUCAGGGUCGAGGCCGCUAGGGGCCGAGCCCCUAGACGGAAUCGACUUCGACAUAGAACUGGGCGGGGGCCAGUUCUAUGAUGAACUGGCCAAGGCCUUGACCGCUUUCGGACAAAAGGUCUACUUAUCAGCAGCCCCUCAGUGCCCAUUCCCAGACCAGAUGCUGCAGGGGGCCAUAAACACCGGCAUCUUCGACUACGUCUGGGUCCAGUUCUACAACAACCCUUCCUGCCAGUACUCAGGGGACGCCUCCGGUCUCCUCAGCUCUUGGAACAGUAACUGGGCAAACAUUCCCGCCAGAAGAGUGUUCCUCGGACUGCCUGCGUCCGCCGGUGCUGCCGGAAGUGGGUUUGUUCCAGCCGGUGUGGUCACUUCCCAGAUUCUUCCCGCCAUCAAGGGCUCCGCUAAAUACGGAGGCGUGAUGCUCUGGUCUAAAUUCUAUGACAAUGGCUACAGCUCCAGCAUUAAACCUGCAGUUUGAUGGAUAGAAACUUCAUAUGUUCUUCUUAGCAGAAGAUAAAAAUAUAAACAAAUAAACAUACCCCGGGGUAUAUGAAGUUUGAACACCAAUAAUGCCCUCCGUUGCCAAAGGGAGGGAUCCAGUGCAGUUUCUCCUUGUGUGAGAGAAUUGUAACAAUAGAUUUACUAGUCCCAUAAUUCUGUGAGAUAAUACUAUGAGUGAAUUACAUUACAUACAAUAAAGUUCCAUAACUUCUACUGUCUAGUCACAACAUAUAUUUACCUGUUUUCUAUGGAGUAUACAACAAUAGACUUUGUUCUAAAAC